AUGGCUCCUCCUCCGCCCUCAACUCUGCCUCUGGCUGAGCGAUUGAAGACUCUGGCUCAAACCCUUCAGUUUGCCUGGUUCAUCGGUCACCUCACGCUUUUGCUCUCCGUCUUCCGAUACUCUCUGUCAUUCAUCUUCUUCAACUACUACUCCUCCGCUGCACGAUUCUCUUAUCGACUCGCUUUUAUCUCGGCCGCUGUCACUUAUGGAAUCGUCGUCUACAAGGGCCACUUCGCUCGUGGGGUCCAAGGAAGCGUUCCCCAAAUCGUGAAAAAGCUCAUCUCCGAUGAGAAUGUGCAAUACCUUGGAAUGGCUCUCGUCUGGCUGUACUCGCGCCAGCUGAUUCUGGCCCUUCUGCCCUUCAGCGUAUACUCUGUCUUCCACGUUGCGACCUACAGCCGUAUGUACCUGAUCCCCACCCUGCAACCUGCUUCCCAGGGUGCCGGUGCCAGCUCUACUGGCUCGCCCACCUCCAAGCCCGCAGUCAAGCAGAACCCUCUCGCCGAGACCAUUGGCCGCUUCAUCAAGCAGUACUACGAUGCUAGCAUGGGUGUUGUUGCUACCCUCGAGAUCCUCCUUCUCAUUCGUCUGGUUCUCUCCGCCGUCACCUUCUCCAAGGGUAGCUGGGUCCUGCUGGUUGUUUACCUGUCUUUCUUCCGUGCCCGCUACGCCCAGAGCUCCUUCGUUCAGCAGGCUGUCCGCUCUCUGACUGCUCGCGCCGAUGCCUCUAUCUCUCACCAGGGCACUCCCCCUCAGGUUCGUCAGGGUUGGGAGGCCUUCAAGGGCGUUAUUCGCCAGGUCUACGAGGCUACCGACAUCGGCCGCUACAUCUCUGGACCUGCUGCCGCCAACAAGAAGCCUCAGUAA